UCCGUGCGCACGUAUCCUAGAGAUGGGGAGGCUGGGGAGAGGGCGCGGGGAGAGGCGGGGCUGGGGGCGGACGGGCUGGGAGCCCAGCCUCCCUCCCACCGACCGGAAGUGGCCGUUGUAAACUUGACCUCCCUGGGGGCCCCUUAGGCGACCCCCUUCUCCUUUCUCUUUGGAUCCCGCGGUCCUAGAAGCCGCCGAAUUCGGUCAGCCCCCAGCCCCCUUCGCUGCCCCUCUCCCCGCACCCUCCAGCAAAGUAUUUCUCCUGCGUCCUCCACCCAUCCCUCUAUGCCGGGGGCCAGCUGGGCUAGGUGGUUCGCUUUAAUUUGGAGAAGAAAUCCGGCGAGACUCCAGCCUGAGGCCGUCUGUGGGGGCGGCGGAGACUCCCAGAGAGGCAUUUGGAAUCUAUUGGCACUAUUUAAGAAGGGGAUUGACAUGAUCAGAUCUGCAUUCAAGACAAAUCCUUAUGGCAGAGACUUUGUAUCUACUUGAUCUCUAAAGCAAAAGACAUCUUUGAAGCUUUUCAUUUUCCAUAAGUAAAAAGUUGAGAAUUUUUGUUAUUUAUUAACACUCAGAAGAUGUCAUCAUGAGCAUCAAUCCAAGUAAUAUUAAUGCCGAAAUCCAAAGGUUAAAGAAUACUGCUGCUGACUUAAAAGAAAUGCAUAAAAGCAAUGAAUCAGAUUUGGAUUUCAUUACAGAUCUGAGAAAGAAAUUACAUCGAGCAAAAAAAGAAAAAUUGGAAAUAACAACUAGCCACAAUGCCCAGAUGUUGACUUAUGAGAGCCAGCUUACCAAACUUCGAUCUGAAGUUGAGAAAGGUGAGGCACUUCGACAGAGUCUCGAAUAUGAACUUGCUCUUGCUAGAAAGGAACUUGGCCUUGGAAGAUUGGCUAUUGAAGAAAAAUUAGUUGAGACACAUAAGAAGAAUGAAAAACUACGAGUACAAAAUUCAGAACUUCAGGAGAAGAUAAAUGAGAUCGAGAAAGCAUUUCAGACUUCUCAGUUCAACUGGAAAGAAGAAUGUAGAAGAUUUGAAUUGGAUUUGGAAGAGAGAGACAAUAUAAUUCAAAACUGUAAUCAAGAAUAUGAUCUUCUUUUGAAGGAAAAAAAUAGACUAGAUACUGUUUUAAAGGAGACAUUGGAUCAACAUCAGGAGCAGAAGAAUGAGCUGGAAUCUCAUAUCAGGGAGACAGCACUUGAGGAAUUUAGAUUACAAGCCGAACAAUGGGAAGCAGAAAGAAGAGAGUUACAAUUUUUAGUACAGGAACAAGAUAAUGCUAUACAAAAUAUGCAUAAGAAAAUGGAAAAUCUAGAAUCAGAACUCCUUGAUUGCACUAACCAUUUACGGCGACAAACAAGUGAAUUUGAGUUAAGCUCUACCCGAGAGGAAUUACUUAGAAAAGAAUAUGAGGCAGCCACUAUGAAAGUGAAGAAAUUAGAAGAAAAUAUUGAAGCAGAAAGAGCAGCGCACCUGGAAUCCAAAUUCAGCUCUGAAAUUAUCCAGUUACGAAUUCGAGAUCUUGAAGGAGCCUUGCAAGUAGAAAAGGCAAGCCAAGCAGAAGCUGUGGCUGAUUUGGAAAUGAUCAAGAAUGAAUUCAAAGAAGUUGAAAGUGCCUAUGAGCGAGAAAAACAUAAUUCACAAGAAACUUUUGCAAAACUCAAACUAUUAGAAAGAGAGUGUUUCUCUAAAAACAAGAAACUAAAUGAAGAGAUCGAGGAACAGAAGAAAGUAAUUAUGGACCUCUCAAAGAGACUUCAGAGUAAUGAAAAAAGUUUCAGUGAAUUACAGGAAGAACUAGCAAUGGCUAAGAAGCACCAGGCUUGUCUAACAGAGACAAAUGAAAAGAAUGUGAAAGAGUUGGAGUUGCUCUUAGACAGCUUUGCUGGGUCUGGCCAGCGGACAUCAGGCAUCCACAAGGACGAAGAUAAAGCUCUCAGCUUCUCUAUUGUCCUUGAGACUUUGAGGCAUACCUUGACAGAUUACCAGAACAAGCUGGAAGAUGCAUCUAAUGAGCUAAACUACCUGCAAAUGACUUCUGAAAAAACACUUAGGGAACUUGAUGCUACUAAACAGGAGAUGGAAUGUCAAAGCAAAAGUCUUAAGGAAGCACAGGAUAAACUGGUUAAUGUCAAUCAAGAGUUAAAUCACCUGCGAACUAAGUAUGCAGACAGAGAAUCUAUAAUAGGCACUUUAAAAGUGGAACUCCAAAAUGUUUUACAUUGUUGGGAAAAAGAGAAAAUGCGAGUAGCACAAUCUGAAAAUGAAAUCCAGAAGCUUUCCCAGGCUUUCCAUAAGGAUAUUGAGGAGAAGCUAACCUUCCUUCAUACUUUAUAUCAGCACUUGGUAGCAGGCUGUGUGCUUAUAAAACAACCAGAAGGCAUGCUGGAUAAAUUCUCUUGGUCUGAGCUUUGUGCAGUCUUGCAGGAGAAUGUUGAUGCCCUGAUCUUAGACCUCAACAGGGCUAAUGAGAAGAUAACUCAUCUAGAAUAUAUUUGCAAAAACAAGUCUGAUACUCUAAGAGAGCUUCAGCAGACCCAGGAAGACACUUUUAAUAAAGUGGCAGAACAGAUUAAAGCACAGGAGACCUCUUGGCAGAAACAAAAGAAGGAUUUGGAGCAGCAGUAUACUGAAGUCCUCCGAGAGGUUCAGAUGAAGGCACAGAAAUUUCAAGAAAUUGCUGAAAAAAAUGUGGAAAAAUCAGCCCUUAUGGAAAAAUCCAAUGAACAGUUGAUUCUCGAAAAUUCACAGUGUAAAAAUAUGUUAACUGAAACUCAAAAGGAACAUUCAUCCCUACUGGCAGCCUGUGCAUUAAUGUCUGGUGCUUUAUAUCCUUUAUAUAGUCGAUCAUGUGCCUUGUCAACACAAAGAGACUUUCUUCAGGAUCAGGUUAACACGUAUGACAUGCUCAAACAGGAAAUUAGAACUCUGGUUCAGGCUUUGUCUGAUGUGGAAGAAAAGAAGCAAAAUGAAGCCAAGUUAAAGAAAAAACAUUUCAAAGGAUUGAUAUGUGUAUUCCGGAAAGGUGUUAUUGCUGUUUUGGCAGUAAAAAGAUUUCAGAUUCUUGGCCAAAAGUGUGGCUCUCUUUUUACGUGGAUGGAAAGCUUCAAAGAAGGCAUAGGAAUCUUAGUAUGUACAGGAGAACUCAAAGAGAACCAUAAUUUGACAAGACACCGAACAGAGCAGAUGCGUUGUCUUCAAGCAGUUAGUUGGCUUACUAGUUCUGAACUUCUUGCUGCAGUAAUCAAUUCUAUGGCUGAAUUGCAGGAAGUGGUUUGUAAAACAGAUCCAAAUUCUAGGCUUUGUGGACAUUUACUUAUAAGUGCAGCCAAGAAUUCCUUUGCAAAACUUAUGGAUAAAAUUAGCUUGGCAAUGGAGAACAUACCACGGGGAAGUAGUAGAAAUUUUACAUAUAUGGAAAAGGAUUCCCUUGUUCAGCGAUUGGCCAGAGGACUUCAUAAAGUUAACACUGAAGCCUUGAAACAUGGUGUAGGUGGUCCUAUGCCCAUUAUGAAAAGUAUAGAGUGUUUGCAAAAGCAAAUAUAUGAAUUUACCCAAAGAUUGCAUGCAGCAGAAGUAGAACGCCGUUCACUCCGCUUAGAGGUCACAGAAUUUAAAAGAAACGUACAUGAUAUGAAAAAAGAGAUUGAGAAAGCCCAGAUUCUCCAAAUGCAAUUAAAAGAAUUUAAGCAGUCUAAAUUGAUCACCCAUGAGAGGUUUGAAAGUGCCUGUGAAGAGUUGAAUAAUGCAUUACUUCGAGAACAACAGGCCCAAAUGCUUCUGAAUGAACAGGCACAGCAACUUCAGGAGUUAAAUUAUAGACUGGAACUGCAUUCCAGUGAGGAAGCGGACAAAAACCAAACUCUUGGUGAAGCUGUUAAGAGUCUCUCGGAGGCAAAGAUGGAGCUGAGAAGAAAAGAUCAAUCUUUGCGUCAGCUCAAUAGACAUCUUACCCAGCUGGAGCAGGACAAGCGGCGACUAGAGGAGAGCAUCCAUGAUGCAGAGAGUGCCCUUCGCAUGGCAGCAAAAGAUAAAGAAUGUGUUGCUAAUCAUAUGAGAUCAGUGGAAAGUGCUCUUCAUAAGGUCAGAGAUCAGAUCUCGCUGUCACGGACUGCGGCAAGCAGGAAUGACUUCACCCUGCAGCUACCCAAACUGCACCUGGAGACCCUUGCAUUGGAGGGGCUGAAGGGCGGGCCAGAGGUUGUAGCAUGCCAGGCUAUGAUUAAAAGUUUCAUGGAUGUCUACCAACUUGCAAGCUCUAGAAUUGCUACAUUAGAGAAGGAAAUGACAUCUCAUCGAAACCACAUUUCAGCUCUGAAAUCAGAGCUCCAAACAGCUUGUCUACGUGAAAAUGAAAGUUUACACUCAGCCAUUUUAAUCUCCUCAUACUAUAAGUGGUUUUUCACUUGUCGAUACUUGAGAAAGCAGACAUUAAAUAUGGAGCAAUUAUUUAAGGGAUCAAGAGACCAUUCAAAUCUCUCCAUUUCUUCAAGAAGUACUCUUCAUGCUGACCGAAACAUGAAUGGGGAUUUCUUGCCACUGAAAGCUGAACUUGACACAACUUAUACUUUCUUAAAGGAAGCAUUUGUAAAUAGUUUGCCCCGGUCUCAGGCUUCCCAUUCCCCUGCUGUGAAUAUAUCUACUAAUUCCAAAAGAACAAUACAAAAUUGAUUCUGAUUUUUAUGAAAAUAACUUGGAAGUUAUAUUUAAGAAUUAAAACGCUAUGUGAAGGAUUUUCUUAUCACUUAAAUUUUGUUUCAGUAUAUAUGACAAUGAUUUGUCUUUAUCAUUAAUUUGUACGAUUCCUCAAUGUCUGCCUGUGUGUGUGUGUGUGUGUGUGUAUUUCUUGCAUAAUGAAAUAACCAACUUGUAUUUUUUAAAGUUUUAUUUAUUAUCAUAGUUGCUCAUUUUUAUGUAACAUAUUUUUAAAUGUUAAAGAAUGACACAUUUUGGGUAAUUUUCCUCAGACUUAAAAAAAUCAAUAAGCCAUUUUAGUCUCUAUCUAUCAAAGUUGUUUCAUACUUGUCUAUUUUAAAGCAGGGCUGCAAUACUUUAAUAGGAUCGAGAGAGCUAUUUGAAAUGUAUGCCAAUGAUUCCUGUCAUUUCAUGGCAGCCCUGCCAUGGUUCACUGAGCCCCCUCUUCUCUCUUGUCAGCUCAACUGAAGACAAGCAUUUAGUUGCAAACUUUAAGCAGGUUGUGCAAAACAGAAAUGAUGUGACUGCUUCUCCUCCUGCACAAUAAUGUCACUCCUGGUCAAUGUGAGAAGGUCAGGGUGCUCCUUGUAAAGCUACAUGAUACCAUUUGCCCAUUUGAACAAGUUAAGUUAACUGCUGAAUCUGGUCCCUGCAGGCGUUGAAAACUCAUCCUUUUAUCAACUGCAUUUGAUAAGAAAGUCGAACAAUUGUGCAGGGAGAAUUUCGAUGGUAUGUUUAUGUACUUUAUAAGGACAGUUCCCAAACCAGUGUUGCAGGUAAUAUAUUUAGGAUAAGCUGCAAGACUUUAAGGUAAUGGCUGCCUUGACCUUCAAAACAGACUCCUUUUUUGUUGUUGUUGGUAGGACCCAAGAGUGACGCCCAUCUUCGAUGCUGACAGAAUUUAAAACGAGGCCAUUGCCCUGCAUUUUCUGCCUUGUAGCACACCAAAGUAAAAUUGUAUGUCAGGCCGAGAUGUCGGGGAGCUGACAAGACGCCCCAGUGACAUUUCAGCUGGAAAGAGCAAGUGUCUCGCAACCAAGUGGUCAAAUAUCAAAUAAUAGGUCAAGCAGGAAGGAGCUGAGUUCUAACCACAGAGAGCUUUCUGGGAACUUACUUGACAAGCGUUGGGCGCUCUGUGGCUUGACAAAGUGAUGUUCUGUUGGGCAUCGCCAGCCUUCAGGAGAUCCGACGCUGACACUGAUUAAACUCUUUAACCCUUAAAGGUUAGAUCCUCACAGUUUGCAUUGUGGUGAGUGAAGAACAAAAGAAAAUUUGUAAUGUGUAAUUUGCUGUUGUAUUAAUCAGUGUACUCCACGAUGCUAUUAACUUUGGAUCAGCACUAUUGUUCUCAAUAGCGUUCUGAUACAAAAUCCAUAUAUGAGAUUGCUUUUCAUCAUGAAGUAGUGAUACAUUAGAAAAUAACAUUGUCUUUUAGAAUGUACAAUGUCUUAUGCUUCAUCCAAGGGGGCAUUUGGUUCUAAUUUUACUGAUGACUGGAAAUUGUUUUAUUUCUAAUGGCAAAUAAAAGUGAUACACAAAUAUUUAUAUUAGCAAAAUUAACCAAAUGAUGUUUAUUUCAUCUUAGGUAACAAAGCAAACAUGAUAGUUAAUAUCUAUGAGGGUAUUUUAUCUAAUAAGAAGUUUUAUAUAUGUGUGUUUCUUUAAUUUUUUUUUUUUUGUUAAACUGAAUCUUCCAUCAAAGUGUUCACAAUGUCUUUACUUUUGAAUUUUCCUCAAAUCUCCAUUUUUGUUUUUGUUUUUGUUUUUAAACUAAAUAUUUUGAGAGAUAGCAUGGCAGAAUAGGAAAAAAAAUUAGACUCAAAAUCCAAAGACUUGGGUUUAAAUUUUUCCAUUGAUAGUUUAUCAUAGUGAUUUUGGGGAAUCAUUUCAUCUCUUGGGGUCAGUUUUCUUAUCCAUAAGAGAGGUUUAGAAAGUUUGUUGUAAACUUCAACAUGUUAUAUAAAUGUCUUAACAUCACCAUCAUCCUGCAUUUUUGCAAUUAUACAAUUUCAACUUCAAAUAAUUACAACUCAGGCAAGUAAUUUAUUUUGUCUAUUCUGUGUAAAUAAUAGAACCAUUUUUUCUCACCUCAAAAAUUUUUGUUUUCCAUUUCCAUUCAGUGAUUAGGACAUUUUGAAUGUUAAAGAUGCUGAUGUGUUUGUUAUUUUGGUAUUGGUAUUAUCAACAGCCUUACACUUUAGCAAGAAGUUAUAUUCUAAUGUAUAGUUGAUAGAUAGAUAUUGAGUAUAUGUAAAAAUUGCCAGACUUGAGUAAACUUUAGGUCAGACACACCUUUCCUCAUUUUCAUCCUCUGCCCCAUGUCUUAGGAGAGAAGAAUCCCAGAAUUAUUUUUAAUUCACAAGUAAGCAUGUUCACAUUUCCCAUACAGCAAUUACUAAAAAGGCCAUAGAAAUGAACUUGAGUCAUCAUUAUACCAUUGCAUUCACUACCAAAUGUACUGUUAUAUUUAUACCAUAUGCUUUUUUUCCCAAAGUCAGGCUCAGCAGGAGGAAAAGAUUUAAUGGCAUAUCCUAUGGAGAUCUGAGAAACUCUAGACUGCUUCUGAGCACCUUAGUGACCAAUUGCUGCAUAUUUGAGAUCUGUAUUGCAUUGGCAAGAACUACAGCUAUAUCAGCUUCCUAACCUCCUUAAGAAUGAUCUAUAGAGUAGCCUUUUCUCAAGAGGAUAAGCUCAAAUAUUUUUGUAGAGGGAAGGAAGUUUUACUUUCCAUGUCAACAUGUGGAUUUGUUACUGACCUUCUGUGAUGUAGAAAAAUAUUCUACAUCUACCCUCAACAUGAAAGGGACCAUGAAGAAACUAUGCUGAUACCUGAGUCACACUUCUUUACAGAUGUGUCUGCCAGAAUUUUCAUUAUAAAUUCUUAUUUUGGAAGGAUAUCUUUCAACUUCAAACAUAUUCAUGAUCUGUAAAAAUUGACAUUUAAAGAUGAUUUGAUUAUUAUAAGCUUAAGUUUUGUAAGUACAAAAAUAAUACCUUAAAGUUUGAUUGACCUUCACUAAAUAUAACAAUCAUUUUGAUCAUUUUUAAUUUUCAAAACAUGUGAUAAUAAAAUUAUAA